AUGACUCGUACAGCAGCGACAUCUCUGACUGUUGUGCGCCGCACGACCGAUGCUGGUGCCAAGGCCUCGACAUGUGCGCGUGAGGCUUCUUUUAGUGAAAGCCACCACGCUGAUGUAGCGCCGUUAGCUAAACCAGGAUCUGAGGAAAUAACUCGCAACACAAUACCUUUCUUCUUACAAAUGUCUUCCUUGGCCGAAAGCUACAGUAUUGGGGGAAUAUCUCCUGAGCAGCAUGCAGAAUACGGUCCCAGCCACGCAGCCACCGCGAAUAAAUUCCCUUUGAUCUAA